UAAAUAUUCUCAUUUAAGAUGGUCAAUUUUAAGUUACUUCCAAGGAGACUUAUUUGUUAACAAUGCGGAUGAAAUGACAACCGACAUAUCUUGCAGCGAAGUAGAUUGGUUCAUGAGUGUACUCGGCACAUGCGGUUAUGAUUAGUCAGACGGGAUAAAGAAGCUGGACGCUACAAUAUGGUACCAUUAAUACAGGGAGUGAGGCUGCUGAACUUUGUCAGUGUGCUGUUGUUUCUUGUCUGCUGCUACCACAUGAUGGCCAACACGCAGAAAGUGCCACCUGGUGGCGACAAGGUCAGAAACGGUGGAGCACUCACGCUGGUACCCCAAGACCUGAAUGAUGAGGAUGCUGAUGUUGCUGUGGAAGGUAGUGAGGAAUUAGAAGAAGGUGUAUCAAAUAUGGAUGUGUUCUAUCCAACAAAGGAAUGGAAAACGGUCAAGAAAGGUCAGUCAGUCCCAGCAGGCCUCCAUGUCCGCAUGAAUUUAGAGACAGGUGACCGAGAGGCAAAGCUGAUGGAGGGGGACACAGAAAGCAAAUACUGGAAAUCAGGUGACAGAGAAGGUAUGUUAAAUCCAAAUGAGAAGUCGUUUACUCCUCAGCAACUCAAAGAGGCAUUGAAGGAAUUCAAAACAACAAAGUUAGACGAGCAGGAUAACACAGAGAGAGAGAAAGAAGUACUGAAGUCAUUUAGGAAGUAUGAAGAACUGAAAAAGGAGCUUACAGAUAUGAAUACUGAGAUUAAGACCGAUGGGGAGAUAGUUACAGACUUGUUUCAUAGACUCAACUCUACAGACCUUGAUGGUGCACAGAAAAAACAUCUCUUAGAUGAUCUGGAAUUUUAUUUACACCAGAUUGAUAAUGCCCAGAUAUUCUGUAACCUUGGAGGAAUGAAACUGUUGAUGAAGGGACUAAAUGAUAGUCUGGCACUCACUAGGGAACAGUCAGCAUUUGUCAUUGGCUCAGCUGUACAGAGUAAUCCUGAGGUACAGGUCAAGGCUCUGGAGGCAGGAAUCUUGCCCCAGCUGAUCCGUCUAUUGUCCAUGGAGCCAGAGGAAAAGGUUUUACCACGCAUUCUCUACGCCCUGUCCUCUCUUAUCCGGCACUUUCCCUAUGCACAAAAACGCCUUCUUGAUCUGGGAGGCCUUGCUGCAUUGAAGGGCAUGCUUUCUAGCACCAAGGAUUUCACCUAUCUACAGAUCAAAGUCAUCACUCUGCUUCAAGAUCUCAUUGUAGAAAAGGAUUUUGCAAUAUCCAUGGAAGAAAAUACAGAAAAAGUCAAACAGUAUAAAAUGGUACACCUCCGUGAAGCAAUAAAGGAACAGGGCCUGUGUUCAUGGUUACCACGCCUUUUAGAGGCUCCAGACCACGAUAGUCGGGAGAAAGUACUACAGGCAAUGCUGACCCUGAAAGAUACCUGUCGGGAGAAUAUUAUAACAGCUAAUUCUAUCCUACAAAAUCUCCUCCAGGAGUACACUAGUUUAGCAGCAGGAGAGACUGAACAAGACGAUCAGUAUUUUACAGGAAUAGCACAAUAUAUUACUCAAAUCAUUUCAUCAUCAAUCACAGAUUCCAAAGAUGAACUCUAAUGCGCUUCUGGUUUAUUAAACAUUUUUGAUAUUCUUUCUUACAAUUUAUUAUUUUCUUCAGUUGAAGUACAUAUCAUAAUUUUAUUAAUUAAAUUUUCUUUAAAUUA